CUCUGCCUUGCCGCCUCCGCCACGCCGCGCCACGCGUCGGCCGCCGACGUGCCGCCCUCCAACAAGCUCAUCUUCAUCCUGGCGGGGCAGUCAAACAUGGCGGGCCGGGGCGGCAUGACGGGCACGCACUGGGACGGCAUCGUCCCGUCCCCGGACUGCUCGCCGUCCCCCUCCGUCCUUCGCCUCUCCCCCUCGCUGCGCUGGGAGCAGGCGCGGGAGCCGCUGCACCAGGGCAUCGACGGCAACCGCACCUGUGGUGUCGGGCCCGGGAUGGCCUUCGCCAACGCCGUGCUCCACUCCAGUUCUAGCUCCGUCGUCAUCGGCUUCGUGCCCUGCGCUGCCGGCGGGACGCGGAUCGCGGAGUGGGCCAAGCGGUCGGAGCUGUACGCGGCCAUGGUACGGCGCGCCCGGGCGGCCUUGGCCACCGGCGGCCGGAUCGGAGCCGUGCUAUGGUACCAGGGGGAGAGCGACACUGUGAGGUGGGCGGACGCUAACGCGUAUGGGCAACGGAUGGGCUCGCUCGUCCGCGACCUCCGCGCCGACCUCGCCAUGCCGGAUCUCCUCGUCAUCCAGGUUGGACUCGCGUCAGGGCUUGGGGAGUACACCCAAGUCGUGAGGGAUGCUCAGAAAGGAUUCGCACUUCCGAACGUGAGGUUUGUCGACGCCAUGGGGUUGCCGCUCCAGUACUACGACCACCUGCAUCUCACCACCCAGGCUCAGGUCCAGCUCGGGCAUAUGCUGGCUCAGUCCUAUUUGGAUCAUGGUACUACCAAGCCGUUAGAUACUGCAUCCACACACUAG